AUGGUUUCAAUCAGUCCUUUUAAAAUACUUCUAAACAACCUCAACGGUGAACUAGACCAAAGAAAUCUUGAGAGUCUGGUACACGUUUGCGGAGAGCUUAUACCUGGCGGUCAACGAGAGAGAAUUACAUCUGGCUGGGAAGUGUUCAGUAUUCUUCUCCGACAAAACGCAAUCGGAGAAGAACCCAGGAAGAUGGCAUUUCUACUCGGAAUUAUUAAAGAGUUGAGGCCGAAGAGACGAGAUCUAGUCGGUAUGGUUAAAAGAUACAUAGAGGGGCACUAUGAACAGCCAGAAGAGAUACUGACUGACUUUGAGUCUAGCUCGGAUGGUUACAUAGUAAUUCCACGAUCUCCGACGCCUACAUCGUUCCAUGAUUGUUGUAGUGUUCGCUGUGGAUGUUUCAACUGUAGUUGUACUCCUUGCUGCAGCGGGUUUUGUUGCUUUGUGAUCAUAGCAAUAUUCUUCAUUUUUUUGGCAAUUGCGGCUACACUGCUGUGGUACGUAUUUCCUCGUUUUCGCAAACUUUUUAAUUCCAAUGACGACCUCAGAGUUGCUGGCCCGGUCAUUAUCGCGGGUCUGUUAGCCCUUGCAGUGUGCUGCAUCUCAUUCGGAAUUUACAUCAAACGAAGAAAUAGGCAGCCUAAUUAUUCAGAGCUGCGAAGUGAUAUCGACUCAAGAAGCGUGAACACUCCUUCGGACUCAGUUCGCACUGGUUACGUAACGAAGAUAGAUCGCCGAGGAAGCAAUGCGUGCUCGUGUUAUUCCGGUCGCAUAACAGACAUGACAGCCUCAAGUUCAUUCAAUUCCUUGUGGUCGGCCCGUACACCAUGGCCGAGGACUGAUGCCGUUGUAGUUACAGAUGGCUGCAACCAGCAGGAUAACGAAUUUACUCAGGAAAUAGAACCGGAACAGGAAGACAACGAUGACGAAUUGCUGUGGGUUCCAGUAGAGUCCUAA